UCUCAGAGGCGACUCUACUUGAGGGAGGAAGGCAGCAUCACGCUCGAGGUCAGGAGGAAAGUUCCUCUCCUGUCUGGAAGCUUCUGGACCUCCUCCACAGUGUCCUGAGUGUUCUGAACGGGUCUCCUGGCAACUUGUGGAUACUUCUUUGUGUUUGACUGCGAUGUUCGCUGAUUGUUUCCGAGGAGGUUUUUCCUCAGAUGGUGUCUGGGUCUGAGUGUUGAUGAGGGAAACCCUGGUCCCCCUCUUCUACUCUGAGCUGGCUGGUCAUCUGGACUCCUGAGGCUGAUCUGUUGUGUGGAAAUGUUGGUCCUGUCGUCCGCCUCACUCUCUCCUCCAGUGUUUUGAUUCUGGUUUUCAGCACCCUGCUUGACCUGCCGGGCUGGACGCAAAACAAAGGGAUUAACAUGAAGAGCCUCCAUGAUGAGGAGAGGCCAGCCCUGACACAGAGGGGCUGUGGAGGAGGGCAGUGGACCCCCCAUUCAACAUGAAUCCCCUCCUCCCAGCCGAGCCCCUGUAAGGAGCAUGGCGGGCGCGAGCCUCCAGAACGCCUCGUGGACCAACAGCACCUCCGGCCUGCAUCUGGUCCCACACAGCCUGUGGGAGGUGGUCACCAUCGCCACGCUGUCUGCUGCUGUCAGUCUGGUCACCAUCGUGGGGAACGUUCUAGUGAUGCUCUCCUUCAAGGUCAACAGCCAGCUGAAGACCGUCAACAACUAUUACCUACUGAGUCUGGCUGUGGCCGACCUUAUCAUUGGUGUUUUCUCCAUGAACCUUUACACCUCUUACAUCCUGAUGGGCUACUGGGCGCUGGGGAGUCUGGCCUGCGACCUGUGGCUGGCUCUGGACUACGUGGCCAGCAACGCCUCGGUGAUGAACCUGCUGGUCAUCAGCUUCGACAGGUACUUCUCCAUCACUAGGCCCCUCACCUACAGGGCCAAGAGGACCCCCAGGCGGGCCGGGGUGAUGAUUGGACUGGCCUGGCUGGUGUCCCUCAUCCUGUGGGCCCCGCCCAUCCUGUGCUGGCAGUACUUCGUAGGGAAGCGAACCGUUCCGGAGAAGCAGUGCCAGAUUCAGUUCUUCUCUGAGCCUGUGAUCACGUUUGGAACGGCCAUCGCAGCCUUCUACAUCCCUGUGUCCAUCAUGACCAUCCUGUACUGCAGGAUCUACAAGGAGACAGAGCGCCGCACUAAGGACCUGGCUGAGCUGCAGGGGGUCAACUCCUCCACGGACCCAGUGGGGGUUCCCCCGCCCCAGAAGAACACCAUCAUCACUUCCUGUUUCAGCUGCAAGCCGGCGGGUGGGCCCCAGGACCGGGCCCAGGCCUCCUGGUCUUCCUCCAGCAGGAACCAAGGCCCCAAGACGGCCGCCGCCAGCGACGAGUGGUCCAAGGCCGAGCAGCUGACCACCUUCAACAGCUACGGCUCCUCGGAGGAGGAGGAGCGCCCAGUGCCCCCAGGGCCCUUCCAGCCAUCCUAUCAGACACAGGCAUGCGGGCAUGGGCAGAGUGUGGCGGGCAGCGAGCAGCUCAGCAGAUACGAGGACGACUCUCCCCCCAGAAACACCUCUCACAAAAGCAGGAAGUGCGUGUCCUACAAGUUCAAACCCGUGCCGCCGAAAGACAGCGGCACCCCCCCGAGCAAGAACGGGGACACCAAAACAGCUUUCUCCUCGGCUGAGUCCAUGAGCGCUCCGUGCUCCAAGCCCACAGACGCCACGCUGAAGAUCCAGAUGACGAAGAGGAAGAGGAUGGUGCUGAUCAAGGAGAGGAAGGCUGCCCAGACACUCAGCGCCAUCUUACUAGCCUUCAUCCUCACAUGGACUCCCUACAACAUCAUGGUGCUCAUCUCCACCUUCUGUUCAGACUGCAUCCCUCUCUCCCUGUGGCACCUGGGAUACUGGCUGUGCUACGUCAACAGCACGGUCAACCCCAUGUGCUACGCGCUCUGCAACAAGACCUUCCAGAAGACCUUUCGCAUGCUGCUUCUCUGUCACUGGAGAAAGAAGAGAGAGGAAGAGAAGCUGUACUGGUAUGGACAGAACCCCGUGGUCAACACCAAACUCACAUGAAACCUCUCACUUCAUCCUUCUGGAAAGAAAUCCACGACUGUGGUGACUAGGAGUCAGAUACUAUGACCAUGUCAAUGAGGUGCAUGAGGUGUAGGGCAGGGGUAUCUGCCACUGGAGGGUCUUUUUGAAGGAUGUGAAGCCUUGGUGGUUCUGGAGGGGAGCGGGGGCGGGGGCCAGUCCCCCUGUGACAACAAGUUUGGACUCCCUUGUGGCCACCCUAAAUAUACAGUCUGAAUCAUUUUUUACUUGGGCUUUUACCUGUUAAUGCCUGCAAUGCAUCAGUGAUGUGAAAAUAAUGUUUAAUGUAACUGGCCCCUCUAACAGUACAACUGGCCCCAGCUUGGCCCCCCCAGUUCAGAUGGUUCAGAUCCUCCCGUGAUGGGACAGGGAGUAGACCAGACAGAAAUGUAUCAGUAAAUGUGUUUCUUUAAUCAGUUGUUGAUCACAUCUUAAAAGGUAUAGACAACAAGAUGAUCCAGACCCAGAAUAAACAUUCACAUUGUACAUUUACAUAUGAAGUUAACACUCAAAUUAAUUUACAUCUGUAAGCAUAAAAAAUGACAAGGAAAUACAUGUACGCAUUGUUUUAAAUGUAUUGUGUUGGUAAUAUGCAAAUGUGGGUAUUAGUUUAGUUUUGAAGGGCUCUAACUGUGUGUUGAUGUAAGAGCUGGCUUGCUUAGAAACGAUUGUACACUCAUAUGAUCAAAGCCUACAGUGCCAUUCAUUCACAUCAGGCACAUACAAACUUGAACAUCUGAACACAGUCUACUGCUAUAUAUGUUUUAAACAAAUAGAAAAACUCAUUCGUGUGUCCCAGUUUUGCUGAUCCUGGCCUGACCUUCCUAAUCCCUCAUGGUCCCUCUGACGUCAUGAGGAAUUCAAUGUGCUCUUUGUUAUUUUGUGUAGAACACUCUUCAUGAACACAUGUUCUUACUAGGCCAGGAACUCAGCUGUACAUGGGAAGUAACACUAUUUCAGUUUACUUGUUCAUUAUGUCAUUAAGGUAUUAUCAAAGUAUAAUCCAGGGGGGUCGUUAGAUCCUUUUUACUGGGGCACGUGCCCCAGUAUAAAUCUGCUGUGCCCCAGUAAAAUCUAAAGUUUGAGUUUUAACAAUUUACUUUAUUCGUCAAUGCAUUCAUUUAGAUUGAUAAUCCCAGAAAAAAAUUACGCAAUAUCCCAAUCAACGCUUGUAAAAUUAAAGCAGUUUAACCGAAAACACAAACCGAUGCAUGUCAGUGCGCUCUUCUGAGUUUGCCAAAUAGCCACUGCAGCAUGCACACAGAAGUCCAGGUGUCAGACUCGGCACACAAGUCAGAAUUGAUAGGCUAAGAAAACAUUACAAAACUAAAGAAAGUU